AUGCAUCGCUUUUUUAAAUCCGAUUUCUUCAACUUCAAGUUUAUCCGCAUUUUCUCCACCGCCUCCUAUGGCGGCGCCGAGAUCUGGGAAUGCCACGUGGCGGCCAGUGAUAUCGCCAACGACGACCCCGAAAGCUGGCAUCGCGCAUGGCUAGGACAGGCAAACAAAGCUCGGGCCCUGGGCGAUGAGGCCAUGCGCACCGGAGACCGGGUCUCGGCACGGCGGACAUUUCUGCGCGCAUCCAACUACUACCGCGCAAGCAGGUACAUGUUCCACGAUGCACCACAUGCGCCGGAUGCCCGGGUGCUCCCUCUUGCCCUCAAGGUGAUCGACACGUUUGUGCAGGCGCUUCCAUUAGGCAACGGUCCGGCGUUUGCGGUCAGCAUCCCCUUCGAGCCGUAUCCCCUACCAGGAUACCUGUAUCUCCCGCCCGCGUCGAAGCGACUGAAGCAGUCGGUACCACUGGUGAUCAGUCUGGGCGAGGCAGACCCCAUCCAGGAGGAGCUAUACUAUGUAUAUGCGGCAAGUGGGCCGGAUCUAGGCUAUUCGAAGAACCUGGGCAGGGGAUCAUGCUCCGACGGGAGAAGACCGCCAUGCGUCCCGACUGGUAAGUGGUCGUCGGCCGAGUGUUGGACCUCCUCGAGCGUGGCUUGCGCUUCCAUGGGCGGAUACUAUGCGCUACACGCGGCGGCAGAACCCCGCAUCCAUGCCUGCGUCUAUAUUGAUCCCUUCUACGACAUGUGGGAUUUUCAUGAUGGCCAUGGCCAUGGCAGAGUUCGUUCCAGGCCCGGUUGGAAAUUGGAUUGGCCAUCUGGUUCUUUGGGGAUGGAUACCUUGGUCGAGAUGAUGAAAUUUACUCUCCGCCGACCGGACGGCUCGAGUCGCCUGGACGACGUAAAAUGUCCCGUGUUCGUGUCAGGCGCUACGCAGUCGCUGUACCUCGAGCCCGAGGAGACCCUCCGCGUGUUCAACGCCCUCGAGCAUCUCGGGGAUGACCGACGAGAGAUGUGGAUUGGUCGAUCCCCGGAAGAAGGAGGGCUCCUGGCCAAGAUUGGAGCUAUUGGGUUGUCAGUGUAG